AUGGAGGGGCAGCAGUGGAACAGUGAGAUACAGGACAAACUUCACUCCCAGAACUCAAUCAUAUGUGGGCUUAUUAUGGAUUAUUUGCAGCUGCCAGGUAAGCGUCAAAUGAGCAAAUCAAUUAUUUAGAUGUAUCUAUAUGGUGUCUCUAUUUGGUUAUGUCAGGAUGACGUAACUCUUUUUUUUUGGGGGGGGGGGGGGGAUAUUUUGGGUUUCAAAAAACACUCCAGGUCACUCUUGAACUUCUAUGAGAUAUAAAGUAUGUAAAUAUUAUAAUGGACUUAUAUAUUUUAAAUAACUGUCCUUUUUCUGGCUAUCCUCUUCAUGUAUUUUGAAUGGCAUGGCAAGUUUUUCAUUUAUAAUAUCUGUAAGUAUGACAAUUUAUUAAUGGUAGCAUAUCUAUUUGAAUAAUAUGUUGGACUCACAUGGUACACAUCACAUGGUAUGAAAAAACAUAUCCAACAUGUUAUCUUGGAUACAGGCCUUUGCAUGAAUUUAAAUGUCAAAAUUCGAAGAAUUCCUCAUGACAAUAUAGACAUAUAGUCAAUAUUGUAUUGGAGCAUCAUGUACUCUGGGUUUAAUUGUUCCAGAAAGCAUAAUUGAAAAUGCUAAACCAGGUGGGCAGGUUUUGGCAGAGAGUAAACUGCAGAGAAGCUCCUCUGACAUCAACCCUACACAGACAGCAAGUGAUAACACCUUCAGCAUAACCAAGGACUUCAGCUGCAUCUACAGCAAA